AUAAUUUCAAAAUAUCCCUAUUUUGGUAAUCUUUUUGUCCUUAGGACUUUAUCUACCAGUGAUGAUGUUGAGGACCGAGAGACUGAGAAAGGCCGCCUGGAAGAAGCUUAUGAGAAAUGUGACCGGGAUUUGGAUGAACUCAUUGUCCAGCACUACACCGAGCUCACCACUGCGAUCCGCACAUACCAGAGCAUCACAGAGCGCAUCACGAACUCACGCAAUAAGAUCAAACAGGUGAAGGAGAAUCUGCUAUCAUGCAAGAUGCUGUUGCAUUGCAAGCGGGAUGAGUUGCGCAAGCUGUGGAUUGAAGGCAUUGAGCACAAACAUGUCCUGAAUUUGCUGGACGAGAUAGAGAACAUCAAGCAAGUGCCUCAGAAGCUGGAACAGUGCAUGGCCAGCAAGCACUACCUCAAGGCAACAGACAUGCUGGUGUCAGCGGUGGACUCCUUGGAAGGUCCCCUUCUUCAGGUGGAGGGAUUGAGUGAUCUGAGGCUGGAGCUCCACAGUAAGAAGAUGAACAUGCACUUAGUCCUGAUAGACGAAUUACACCGUCAUCUUUACAUCAAGUCAACUAACCGAGUAGGACAACGCAACAAGGAGAAAGGGAGAAUAAGCUCCCUUGUGAAAGAUGCUCCUGUACCUCUUAUGGAUGUUACUAACUUGUCUACGCCUCGAAAGUUCCUUGAAACUUCCCAGUUCAGUACUCCUGGAAGCUCCAGCAUGCGAGAAACCAGUCUUCUGGAAGUGAAAGAUGAUGUGGAACUGGAUCCAGAGGAGAACAGCACUGUCUUCAUGGGCAUACUCAUCAAAGGGCUGGCCAAGCUGAAAAAAAUCCCUGAAACAGUGAAAGCCAUCCAGGAUCGCUUAGAACAAGAGCUCAAGCAGAUUGUUAAGCGGUCCACAACGCAAGUGGCGGACAAUGGUUACCAGAGAGGGGAGAAUCUGUCCCAGGAGAAUCAGCCCAGGUUACUGCUGGAGCUGCUCGAGCUGCUCUUCGACAAAUUCAACGCUGUGGCUGCUGCGCACUCUGUGGUCCUUGGACACCUUCAGCAAACGGUGGCCUCUCCUUGCAGCCAGUAUGAUGGUGAUAUCAAGCUCUAUGACAUGGUUGAUGUGUGGGUGAAGAUCCAAGAUGUCUUGCAGGUAAGAAUCCUUCAGUAUCUGAGACUCAAAAGCAGCAGAGCUAUCAUCUGUCACAUGUCUGCUGUCUCAUUCUUGCUCGAUAGGAUGAUCACCCUGUCAGCUGUUUUGUCUCAGUGCAGUACCCGGCUGCUGGAGAAAAUACCGAAGACAUCUCCCUGUGUGCUCAGAAUCCUGUUCUUGAACUGUGUCGGUGUUGGCACCGGAGUGAGCGAGAGGGAAUGCAUCGUGAAGAAGGCAAGUGAUGGGUUUGUCUUGGCAACUGCAGCUUUCAUCAGCGUAAGCUGCUGUGUGGAGCAGUACCUCAAG